AUGCGCAAUUACACCACCGCCCUCCUCUUCCUCUUCUCCGUCCUCAUGGGAACGGUCCUCAGCGGCCCUCUCAUCGGCCACCCUGUCUCUGCCCGCCAGCUGCUACCCGAGGACCCCGCCCUCGAGGCCGAAAUCGCCAAACUCCGCAACGUCACCCGCUUCUCCAGGCUUCCUCCCGACACAAUCUACAACUUCGAGCACAAGUUCAUCAAUGCCACUAGCGGCGUAAUGGAGACCAUUGUGCUGCACCCCACUGCUGCAGAGAUGAUGUCCGGCUUCGACACCGCCGACCUGCCUGCGCACAAGAAGCGUGCCGGCGAGCCCGAGUUUGGCGUCGUGUGCGAGACCAGCAGCGGCAGUCCUGAGGCGUUCGAUGUGGUCAAGGCGAUGGUCACCAUGAAUUGGAAGCAGAGGGACUUCUGCUGCCAGUAUCUGCCGUUUGGAGCGAAAUGCAAUACGCUGGAGUCUCAUAACUCUGCUGCGGUGGGGAUCUGUGGGCCAUGGAUGCGCUGCGUGCCUUGCCCUAAUGCUAUAGACUUUCUACUUAUCUUGGUCGAUAGGUGCCGCAGAAGGUUCCCUGAUGGAAGGACGCUCGCGGGUGGAAAGUUCAACCUUGGCGCCUAUGGAGUAACCCCUCCAUAUGGGGGGUAUCUGUUGACCUACCACACCUAG